GCCGGCUUUGGAAAGGCCCCAAGUGAAUGAGGCGCGCGCCGGCGGCAGAGCGCCUCUCCGAGCUGGGCUUUCCCCCGCGGCGCGGGCGCCAGGAGCCGCCUUUUCCGCUGGGUGUCACUCGGGGGUGGGGGAUAUGGCCCAUUCAAAAGCGCCGCGAGGGGGCCCGGCCAGUGCCCUUCAGUGAGCGCUCGCAAGAGGACGGCAGAGCCCCGGCGGCUCGCAGCUCCGGGACCUUGUGGCGCAUCAGGACGCGGCUGCCCUGCUGCCCGGACCCCGAGCCGCCGCCGCCGCCGCCGCCGCUCUGCUUUCUGCGCGUUAGCCUCCUCUGCGCGCUCCGGCCCGGAGGCCGCGGGAGCCGUUGGGGCGAGGACGGCGCGCGGCUGCUGCUGCUGCCCCCGACCCGGGCGGCUGGAAGCGGAGAGGCCGAGCCGAGCGGCGGCGCCCCCUAUGCCGGGAGGAUGUUGGAGAGCAGCGGCUGCAAGGCGCUGAAGGAGGGCGUGUUGGAGAAGCGCAGCGACGGGCUGCUGCAGCUCUGGAAGAAGAAGUGCUGCAUCCUCACCGAGGAGGGGCUGCUGCUCAUCCCGCCCAAACAGCUGCAACACCACCACCAGCAGCAGCAGCAACAGCAGCCCGGGCAGGGUUCGGUCGAACCGUCCCAACCCGGAGGCCCCGCCGUGGCCAGCCUCGAGCCGCCGGUCAAGCUCAAGGAAUUGCACUUUUCCAACAUGAAGACCGUGGACUGCGUGGAGCGCAAGGGCAAGUACAUGUACUUCACCGUGGUGAUGGCUGAGGGCAAGGAGAUCGACUUUCGGUGCCCGCAGGACCAGGGCUGGAACGCCGAGAUCACGUUGCAGAUGGUGCAGUACAAGAAUCGCCAGGCCAUCCUGGCGGUCAAGUCCACGCGGCAGAAGCAACAGCACUUGGUCCAGCAACAGCCUCCGCAGCCGCAGCCGCUUCAGCCCCAAAGCCAAGCCCAGCCGCAGCCUCAGUCCCAAGCCCAGCCGCAGCAACAACCCAAACCGCAGCCCCAGCCCAAACCCCAGGCUCAGCCGAAGCCGCAGCCGCAGCCGCUUCAUCCGUACCCGCAUUCGCACCCGCACCCGCACCCGCAUCCGCACGCGCACCCACUACCGCACCCGCACCCACCGCCGCUCUCGCAGGCGCACGGCCACCGGCUCCUCCGCAGCACCUCCAACUCGGCCUGAAGAGGGCAGCACCCGGCCCGAACGCGGUUUUGGGGACCUGAGGAAGCGGGACGAGCACCUUUCUGUUGUCUUCACUUGGAUCGAGAGCAAGUCUCCCCGCCCCGCACCAAAUCAAGUAGUUUGAACAGAACCCGUCUGAUAACUCGUGAUUCCACUUAUUUUCUGCAUACUCUUCUUCACAAUGCAGGAAAAAUUUUGAGUCCAGAAGGCUUUAUUUAUGAACCUUUGAGAGGAUCUUCCAGUUUGGUGGACCUUCUAGGAGGGAUGAUGUACUGUAAUUUUAUUUUAAUGUAUUUGACUUAUUAUUUAUUAGUUUUUUUUUUCUAAUGCUUGUUCUGAGACAUUUCUGAAUGUAGGCCAUUUUCCAGAAAAGAUACUUUAUUUUCGAAAACCUAUCCUUAGUAAGUUGUAGUCUUGGGAAAGAAGAAAGAAAAAAGGCGGUACAGAGGAACACAAGAAUUUAUUCAUUAUUCCUAGGGCAUUUUCAGAAGGUCUGACACUUCAUUGUUAUACCAGGUGGUUGAAAUUAAACUCUGUGAUAUUAUGUGGGGUUUUCGUUGUUUUUUUUUUUAAUUAGUUUUUUUCUCCUUAGACAUGUAUUUUGUGUAGAACUUUUAAAGAAGUUGAAUGUUCAGAAUGGUGUAAUUAUAAAAAUCUAAUUACUUUUCUAAAAGGAAAUCAAUAGUAAUGAUAUCUAAUUCAAAAUAUUUAAUACAUAACCCAGUUGAUGGCAAGAUGACCGUAUCCUGAAUAUACAGGAGAACUUGGUCUGUUGUAGGAAAAGCCUUGCUUAGGUUAUCUUUGUGUGGAAGGUUUAAUAAUGAGUUUUCUAUGAUUUCAGAGUAUGAGUGCAUUAGAUGUUUCAUUUCAAAAAAUGUAGUGGGGGAAAAGAAUUAUGCCAGUUGUUUGAGAGAACAUUUGUGCUCUUAUCCACAGUAGAAAUUACCCUUCUUCAUGAGCUUGGCACACUUGAUGUGAACUGCAUUUCCUGGCCUUUUUUUUUUUUUACUUUGUUCUAGAAGCAUAUUCUAGAAUCUCAUAGUUUAAAAUACAAUUUGUGAAUGUUUCAAAAGACUGAGAGUCAUAGCUUUUUGUUUUCAUCCUGAGAAUGUUGACCAGAGGCCUGACUGUUCUGCUCUUUGUCGCUCUGUGAGAAAUCCAAGGGUUAUAUGUUUUGUUGUUGGGUUAACUAAACUCAGAAAUUGAAAAAGGAAGGACUGGAUAAACACUGGAUUUGCAGCAAGAAAACAACCCAGUCUUGUUUUAGCAGCAACUUUCAGGAGUCCGGGGGGUUGGUAUGGUUGGGGGAAGAGGAUGUGCUUUUAAAGGUAGAACAAACCCUCUUCUGUGUGAAAUGAAAAGGAUGGUCAAAAUCCACAAGUGCAGAUGCUACUUCAGUUUGAAAAAGAGCCAUAGAUGAUAGCAAAUCGUCUUAGGGCUGAAAAUCACUGCCUAUCUUGCAGGGGUUUACUAACAGCUCUCUGUUUUCCAUUUUCGUUUUCACAAAGUCUUGAUUACUAUUUUUCCAGCUUCUAAAUUGGAAUGGUCAGCAUUAGGCCACUGCUAAGUUCUAUAGUCAGGAAAUGAAAAUAGAAUUUCAUGCUAGAGGCACCUUUAUUCUCCCUCCAUCUGAAAAGGAGUUUGAAGGUCAAAUUGCUUCUCAGUGCAAUAUUUAAAUGAUGAAAAUUUGAGAUCCAAAGAAGUGGUGAAAAAUAAAAUUCACCCAAGGGGCAAGCAGAACUUACGUGGGCUCCCACUUAAAGGCGAAGUUGCAGUUGCGGAAAACAAACAAAAAAAUAUGAUGCAGUUCAGAGAGCAGAUCUCAAGAGUUCUUAAGGCAAGUUUGGUUUGAUUUCUUUGAAACUACUGAUGUGCUUUUUAAUAAUACCCCAUUUCACUCUCAUUUUAAUAAAUGCAGAUCAUAUGACCCCAUUAAACCUCAGCUUUUUUCUCAGAUGAAAGGAUUUUUUUUUCAAAUUCUUGUGCUAUAAAAAAAUUUAAAUCUAUGAAUACUUUUAAGAUUCAGGUAGGCUUUUAAAAGCACUUGCAUGUUGUUAGCUUACAAAAGUAUGCUUAGGUUCCCUCCUAGCUGCUAGAAUUUUUUCUUUCUCACAAUGGAUCUGGCUCGUAAGGUGGCCAUCAGAAUCAUGGUUCCUUGUCUUAUCUUUUCAUAGCCCUUAGUCCUUGCUCUGCUAUGAUUGAGUUGACUCUCGUAGUGACUCUAGUCUGAACCCUUCUUAGUAAUUGUGAAAACUCAGAAGUUAGAAGGGAGAGUAACGGGGUGGUUUUUAUUAUGUAACUAACACUUGUUACGGCUUAAUUAUUCCAGAACAACAAACAAAAAAACAAGUGUACUUAACAACACACAACAACACAAAAUAACAGGUGCAAAUUAUUGAAUGUGUUGGUGGCUUUGUGUUACCUAUAAGAAAACAAUACGGGCUACCCAGGGUAUUCUGGAUAGCCUAGGGUCUUCCCAGGCGCCGCAGUGAUAGCCCGCCUGCCAAUGCAGGAGACCACUGUGUCUGGAAGAUCCCCUGGAGGAGGGCAUGGCAGCCCGCUCCAGUACCCUUGCCUGGAGAAUCCACGGACAGAGGAGCCUCGUGGGCUACAGUCCCUGGGGUCGCAAAGAGCACACACACCUGAAAGGUUUUCUGAGGCCUGGCAAAUCACCUUCAUGGAGGAAGAUAAAGAUACACAUCUUUCGAGACCCAAGAAAUGGAAGGAAAGGAUAGGUCCAAUAGAAAACCUACCUCUUAGAUAAACAUAAAAUGUAAGAAGUUGGGAAAUUAAAAGGAAUGUUCCUUUUGGAAACAAGUUUUUGUCUUUGAACUUGUGUUCAAAGUGAGCUCAAUAGUAUUUGCUGGGACAAAUGAAUGAAAGAAGGGAAAGAUGUCUAAUUCCCAGUACCCAGGAGACAGCUCCUCUGGCCGCACACAGUGCUUCCUUUGCUUGCUGUCAUGCCAUUCCCUGAGGACAACUAACGCUGGGACAGGCCAUGCGCCAUGACGAAAUUCCCUGGACAGACUUUGGUAGUGGAGAUCCACACAGAUCUCUGUAUGCCCGGAGUACUGAGGUCAGAGAGAACAUGGAUAUAAAGGGCCCUUUCAAAACGAACAUUUCCCUCAUGGAGGAAGGGGGGUUCUCUCAUCAUAUUAGAAAUCAAACCAACUUCAUAAUUUGGUUUCACAUUUUUUUUUAAAUAGAAGCGAAAGUAAAAUGCAAGUUGCUCAGUUGUGUCCGACUCUGCGACACCGUGGACUGGAGCCCCACCAGGCUCCUCUGUCCUUGGAAUUCUCCGGCCAAGGAUAUUGGAGUGAGUUGCCAUUUCCUUUUCCAAAACAAAAGCAAAAUGAAGCCCAGCUUGUUGCUGAGAAGAGUUCCUCUUGGGACUUCCCUGCUGGCCCAGUGGUUGAGACUGUACUUCCAAUGCAAGGGACGGAGGUUCAAUCCCUGGUCAGGGAACUAACAUCCCACAUGCCCCAAUAUGCGGCCAAAAAGGUAUUAAAAAAAUAAAGAGUUCCUUUUAACACCUAAACACUGUUAGGAAGUCUGGCUUAAGUUGAGAGACCUGUUUUAACUCUCUUUUGCCAAACACUAUGAAAAUUUUCUCAUUUAAAGCUGACACUAUAUGAGUGUAUGAGUUCAAACACAUCACUUAUUUUCUGUCCCCUGGGAAAGUGAAUUGGUUUUAAUUUGGCUCCAAGUGUUUACACCGCCAUGUUCAGUGGCAGGUUUACAAGAGAUCUAAGACCUGAAUGAAACUGGAGCAAUCUUGUAGAAAAUAGAGCUUCAUAGGUUGAGGAUGGGCCUAAGAGCCUCUUUUCCUUUUUUAAAAUAAAUGUCAAAUUAAUUGGUUUUACUUUACCAACAAAAUGUCUCAGUAGAAUAAAAUUUAAGUUUGGAAAUUAUAGAGCUCAAUAUUGAAUCCAUCGAUGAUUUUUUAAAGAGAAAUACACUCUUUACCUAAAGCCACUUAAGAUGUAUUCAUUGUAGAACUGCAUUGGUUGGGUUUUAUUUUUCUAAAUUCUUGACAAUUUAAAGGAUGAAUUUUGAUCUGCAGUGCUGAACGGCCAAUCUGGACUGACUUAAGACUGGAUGACAAAGUGAUGUGACUUUGUUGGCAGGAUAUCUGCCAAAUAGAGGAUAGCGUCCAACAGGGUUUCUUGGAAAGGGCAUUAUUCUCUGAUGCAGGAGGCAAGUGGACUCUGGACCAUUAGAAACAGCUACAUAAAAACUCCUGUUUUGAAGCUGGCCUCCCAGUGAUCAGCUGGGUGGGUGGUGGGGAAGCAGAUUUUUUAACAACAGGUUAUCCUUCCGCAUCAUUGUAUUUAUUUUGAGAAGAAAGAUAAUUGUCUGUUACAUUCCCCUAUCAGUCUUCUGGUUAAAGUUUCAGAGUAUGCAAGCAUUACCGUGAACCAAAUGCUUUACAAGCUAUCACAUUUGUGAACUUAAUGAAAUGGUCAUAAUUUGUAUAAAUAUGUCUCUAAGUGAUGUUGGAGAGUUGUGAUUCAUAGUCCAUAUUUUCAAAAUGCAUCCCAUUUCAAAUAAAGUAUCUAUAGAGGUGA